AUUGAGCAUGCCCUUCCUCAAGGAUCUUAUGGCGAAGGUGUUUGGUAUUGUCUCCUUGACUAAUUAUAGCCAUCCUUUGCCAGUUGAGUUUGAUGGUCUCCACACAAAUUUCCACCCAAAGAAGGCUCCUAGGAGACAAGCCACCUCCCUCUCCACCCUCUACAUCCUGGAUUACACCUCCCGAGUGGGAGAGCUAGGCCUGGAACCUGGGCCUCCUGCACUCAACCUCAGCGGGACAAAGUUCUCCUUCAAAAAUGGUAAGUGGAUAUCAGAGGGGGGGAAGAGACCCAGUAAGUCCAAACGUGCCCUCCAGAAUCUGAAGCGGAAGAAUCGAGUCCUGGAGGAAGAGAACAACUACCUGCGGGUGCGCACAGAGCUGCUGGUGGACAUGUUGGCAGAGAGCACUGCCCAUUUGCAGCUCCUAGAGGACGAGGUGGAGCACAAGGCAUUCAGAGACACCAGACAACGCCAGUCUGUGCGUAGAGUCUCCAACGUCACCACUUCCAACAUCCCAGAACCCAUGUUGGUGGCAGAGUCCAGUGAGCCCCAGAAAGAGUUGGGGAGAACCUCCAUCCCAACCAUUACUGAGCCCAUGCUGGUUCCAGACAGUGUAGAGGGCAAGAAGGAAGCUUGCAGGUCAUCAGAACCAACCACUUCCACAGCCACAGCUCAACUCAGAAUGUUUCCAGAAACAAGAAAGGAGAAGAAGGCUGUGCAAAGAGCUUCAACACCACCCAGCUUCUCCACAACCACUGCUGAGCCCAUUAGUGGGAGUCCAUAUGUACUGUAG